GCUCCUAAACCGCGCCCGUGUUUUAAUAUUUUUGCUUUUAACACAUAAAUGAGUAAAAUUUACCUAUAAGUGACAGUGUGGCAAUAGGUGCAGGGGAUUUUGACACAUGUGGCACAAGGGAAUAAGGUUCGACACAGCGUGGCAUAAGCCUGGGUAGUUCAGAUUUCUCAUUGUGCGACGGAAUGACAGGGUUGUUUGUUGGCAUGUGACGAGGGCGCGCAAGCGGCAUGCGGGCCGGGCGGUCGAGGCGGGCGGCGCUCGCCGCACUCGCGGCGCUGCUCGCGCUCGGGCCCUGCUCGGCAGAGCUGGAAGUCACCACCUCCGCUGCGUUUGAUCCAUCAAAACGCGGCUCCAUGAUGUAUGGGGACGUUUGCUCAACGGUCAUGGACUGCGGGUUCGCGGAGUCGGUGUGCGACCAGGUUCUAAAGACCUGCCGCUGCCAUCCCGACUUUCAAGCCACCAACCAUGUCGACAAAUGUGGAAAACCGGCUGGCAUCAACGAAACUUGCUCAUUCAAUGAACAAUGCGACGAGAUUGUGCGGAUGACCGAGUGCAGGAACGAGCGCUGUGUCUGUCUCUACGAGAUGGUCGCUGAGCUGAGCGUCGACGGAGGGUUCGUAUGUAACCCGGUGAAGCAGAUAGAUGAACCUAUAAGGACUCUGGAUCCGGCAAUGAUUGGUGUUUUGGUUGGCAUGGCUCUGAUGUUCGUCAUUAUUUGCGUCGUACUCCGUUUGUUUAGCAAAGCCAGAUGGAGGGAAAAUCGCACCAUCUUUAAUACGCCCAACCCUCGUCUCAUGAACGUAUCGCUGCUACGAGAUUCUAAGCUCUUGCAUUCACAGGAUCGCCGAGGGUCUCGUGUGAGCAUGCGUCCACCAUCGAGGCAGGCGAGUCAACAGGAGCUGAGACCACAUUCUCCGAGCCCUGCACGACCCCACCAAAGCCAUCAGAUACACCGAAAACCUUCAGGGUCAAGACGUGGAUCAAGAGCAAGUAGUGGACAUUCUGCGACUUCCUUAAGAUCUGCCACACUAAGAUCUCCCACCGCACAAGGACCCACAUCAGUUACUGUUGAGAUUCGUGCACCCGAUGCUUAAGCCAGAUUACUAAAACACAAGAAUGACAAAUCGUCAACCAAAAUAAAAAUAAAGAUUAAGACGUAAAAAGAGAAAAAUGCUUUAGGUAAAAUUAAAGGUUAAGGCAAAGAAAUGUAAAAAUCAUUUUUAAAAAGAUGUGACUGGAAAAUCCACGCAUUGUUUUGAAAUUUGAAACAACAUUCAGUCCAAAUGCUUACAAUGUUUGUGAUAAACUUCGACAUUAUAUUUAGCUUAUUUAAAAAAAAAACAAAUAUGAAGACUCUUGCCAUUUGUAGCAAUAAGUUGGAGCACUAUUGUGUGUGUUAAUACAGCCACAUAAAAAGUGCCUCUAAAUGAAAUGCGUGAAGUUUGUCGGUCAUAAAAAUUAUAUAUUAUACAUAAGCCAGUAAGUUUAAAAAUAAUUUAUUGAACACAUAGGUUUAUAUUAACAGUUUAUCUACAGAUAGUCUUAUUAAUCUUGAUUCAAAAAUUAGACACGAUUUAUAUUAUAAGUAUAGAGCACAUACAUUCAACGAUAUUCAUAGAGAUAUAUAAAUUAGAUAAUAUAAUCAAUAAAAUGAGUGAAGAAUUUUAGCUUUUUUGGCGAUGAAUAAUGCUUUUCAGCAUUUUUGUAGAUCGAUAGUUUGAGAACUAGUAUUAAAUUAAUUUAUAGAAUAUUACUGAUCUUCUUUUUCAGAUAUCCUUGUAAGAGUGCUAGAUUUGUGAUUCCCUGCCUUAGAUAUUUAAUUAGGUCACAGUAAGUAAAACAAUUAGAUCUAAAACUUAUUUACGGGGACCACCUCCUUCGAUGGGAGAGUUCUGAGUUAUGUUUUAGGAUGGAUGUUUAUAAUAGAAGGGAAGCUUCAAUGCUGCUUUGAGUAAAUUUAAGAAUUUCGAAUUUUAGCUUUAAUCCGUAUGAAGAUUAGCUUUUCGUAAAACCCAUUUCUAUGAGAGAGAGUUGUGAAUCGAUUUUAAGAUUUCCGUUGUUUGUUUUCAGUCUUAGUGUUUCCUUAUUAAUGUAACCUGAUGUGUAAAGACGGGGAAAUUUACACAUAUUAGUGGUAAGGCUUCUCUGCACUGUGGAAGCUUAGACCAAUGAAAUUCGCAAAAAGCGCACAAGCGUUGUCGUAAUUUAAUUAGAAGAUCUACUACGAAAUAACUUGUAAUCUUUCAUUAAAAAAACUCACUUAAAUAUUCAUCGUCAUAAAGUACGGGUCGCACAACAAUUAGGGGAAGAAUUGAUGUAUGCCCCGUACGAUUAAAAUAUUCACCGUCAUUUUCGAAUAACGCAAGUCGUAAAAAAAUAAGCUAUUUGUAUUUUUAAAAUGAAUAACUAUGCUCACAAUCUGAUAUUAUAU